AUGGCCCUGAACGAGCUGGCCGCGGUGGUUGAUGCCCCCGCGCCCGUCCCAACUCCCAUCCCCGUGCCCACGCCAUUAACCAUCCUUGUAGCAUUGACAGGCUGGUCGCUGAGCACUAUCGCAGAGCCGGAAGCCGCUGGCGUCAGCGAGGUCUCCGCCGACCCGCGCGAGCUCUUGUACAUGCCAGCGCACGUGCCUGUGCCCGUGCGCGCCCAUGCACCCACCGUGGUGCCAGUCCCCGUGCCUUUGCCUGCACCCAACGAGCCCAUGCCCGUGUGUGCGCCCUACUCAGCAGCAUGGGACGCCGCCGUCGACCGCUACCUCACAGCGCCGCGAGUUACCAUCCUCCCGCACCACGCCUACUUCAACAACGUCGUCCCGGAAGAUGACAACGACAAUGCCGGUGCGGCACGCCGCCUCCGCCGCCACGGGAAUUAG